AUACAAAUUAAACCUUUGUCACAAACCCUAGCCAAACUCUGCUUCUGCGAACAGCAUUAUUGUUUUUCUUCUGCGAAGUGUCACCUGCAUUCGCCCAUGGCUACCACUACUGCUCCAUCCCGUCAGCUUUCUCAAAAGGAAGCUGACAUCCAGAUGAUGUUGGCUGCUGAUGUUCACCUCGGUACCAAGAACUGUAACUUCCAGAUGGAGCGUUACAUUUUUAAACGCCGCAAUGAUGGUAUUUAUAUCAUAAAUCUUGGAAAGACAUGGGAUAAACUUAACCUUGCUGCUAGGGUAAUUGUUGCCAUUGAGAACUCUCAGGACAUCAUUGUUCAAUCCGCAAGACCUUAUGGACAAAGAGCUGUUCUCAAAUUUGCUCAGUACACUGGAGCUCAUGCUAUUGCUGGAAGGCACACUCCUGGAACUUUCACUAAUCAGCUACAAACUUCCUUCAGUGAGCCAAGACUCCUUAUUCUCACAGAUCCAAGAACUGAUCACCAGCCUAUCAAGGAAGCUGCUCUUGGGAAUAUUCCCACAAUUGCUUUCUGUGACACCGAUUCCCCUAUGAAUUAUGUUGACAUUGGAAUUCCGGCUAACAACAAGGGGAAGCACAGCAUUGGGUGUCUCUUUUGGCUUUUGGCUAGGAUGGUGUUGCAGAUGCGUGGCACUAUUAGACCUGGCCUCAAAUGGGAUGUUAUGGUCGAUCUAUUCUUCUACAGAGAACCUGAAGAGGCCAAGCAGCCAGAGGAAGAUGAAGUUGCUGCACCAGAUUACGCCAUUGCUGACUUCAAUGUAUCUGCUAUUCCAUCCGACGGUCAAUGGCCCGCAGCAAUUGAUCAACCAUGGACUGACGCUGUUCCACAACCUAUUCCAGCAGUUCCUGCAGUCAACUGGGCAGCCCCAGAAGCUGUUGCAGGAGACUGGGGUGAAGCUGUUCCACCACCACAACAAAUUCCUGCUGCUGGAAUUGAAUCUGUGCCGGCAACAGGAUGGGAAUAAGCUCCUUGUCAUGUUCCACCUCUGUCUAAGUUAACUUUUUACGUUUUCCUUCCCCCAAAAUAAAAUUUGGGUCAGUUUUUGGGUAGCUAUGUAGUUUUUUUCUUCCUAGUAUGGUAUGAGAUUCAGAAAUAUUGUUUUCGACUUCAGUAAAAUUGUUCUUUUAUUUUUGAUGCAAUUACAAGUCUUCCUAGUAUGAUAUGGAUUUUUCCAGCA